CAGCUGUUGACUUUCUAUUGUCUGUGAGUCCUCUCGGCAAGUGCCUUCCGCUUACACUGCCCUCACAGCGCAGCGCAGCGCAGCGCUCCCCCAAUGUCUGACUGAGCAGCUGGCUGUGCGUGCAGCGAGCUCUGGAGGAGCAAUGCCGAGCAUCAGCUUACAGAUGCUAUGGAAAGUACGUUUUCAUUCACUCUGUAUGAUGAAGCAAAUACCAAUCCAAUGAAGUGCUUAGAAGUGUAUAUGAUUUCCUCCUGCAACAGCAGGCACUUCCACAAAACUACAUGCAGCUUUUUUCAAGUAGUGUGAACAUAUGCAAUGACUGAUUACCGAGCACAUCUGAUGCCAUACUGUACGAUCACCAGAGAGAGACAGCAGUACUCAGUGCUUUCAAAGUACUAACUAAACCACAACUUCUUUUAACAGUUGAAUGUAAGUACCUGAGUGCUGGGAUCCUGUCUGCCUGCUUCACUGCUGUGGUCUCAGUACGUGGGGCACACAGUGUCCAAUCACAAGGCCACUGAAAGGUAUGAUACAUUUGAGCCAAGACAGUCCAUUUCAGUCCAGAAAUCUACAGUGGUGACAGGGACAUGGGACUCCUUCUGCCGUUUUCCAGAUGGUUCAAUACAAUUGACAUCCUGGCUGACAACUGUGAAAAAGAACCUUGGAUUAUUUUAUUUUAUUUUUGUGGGACACCACGAUCCCAAAUCCAUAGGACACAUCAGGCUUCAAGUUCCUUGUAGAAUUCUAAAAUAACCUUUGCUGAUGAGGAUGUCUGAUACUGUUACUGUAAAACAUGAAACUGAAACAAUGAAGGAUUUGGAGACAGAAGUGAAAGACACAACCAGAGUUGAAAAUAUUACCAAAUCAGAAAACUAUGGGAAGAUUUUGGCAGAGAAGAAUGAACGUUGUAUUGACAACAAUAUUGAUUUGCAGCGGCCAUUGCAGUCAUUGGGACAGACAGGAAAAAGGUCUAAGUCAAGCUCAAAGUUAAAGCUAGUUCGGAGCCUUGCGGUGUGUGAAGAAUCUCCACCACCCCCUACAACAGAGCUAUCACAGGAGAACCAGGAGAAAAUUCAGAUCCAGUUAACACAAUCAUUUGAAAAAGAGGAGAAGCCCUCAAAAGAUGAAGCAGAAAAAGAAAAAGCCAAUGAUAAGUUGCCCAGAAAAAUGUUAUCAAGAGAUUCCAGUCAAGAAUACACUGAUUCAACUGGCAUAGAUCUACAUGAAUUUUUAGUAAAUACAUUAAAAAACAAUCCCAGGGACAGAAUGAUGCUGUUGAAAUUGGAACAAGAAAUUUUAGAUUUCAUUGGUAAUAAUGAGUCUCCACGUAAAAAAUUCCCCCCAAUGACAUCGUACCAUAGGAUGCUGUUACACAGAGUAGCCGCUUACUUUGGAUUAGACCACAAUGUUGAUCAGAGUGGGAAAUCUGUCAUAGUAAACAAAACUAGCAAUACAAGAAUACCUGAUCAGAAAUUUAAUGAACAUAUCAAGGAUGAUAAAGGUGAAGACUUUCAGAAACGAUACAUCCUCAAGAGAGAUAACUCUAGCUUGGACAAAGACGAUCCCCAGAUGAGAAUACGUUUGAAAGAUGACCGAAGAAGCAAAUCUAUAGAAGAAAGAGAAGAAGAGUACCAGAGAGCUAGAGACCGCAUAUUUUCCCAAGAUUCCCUGUGUUCCCAAGAGAAUUAUAUUAUUGACAAAAGAAUCCAAGAUGAGGAUGCUAGUAGUACACAGCAGAGGCGCCAGAUAUUUAGAGUUAAUAAAGAUGCUUCAGGGAGAUCAACGAAUAGCCAUCAAAGCAGCACUGAGAACGAGCUGAAGUACUCUGAACCACGACCCUGGAGCAGCACAGAUUCAGACAGCUCUCUCCGCAACUUCAAGCCUGCUGUAACCAAAGCCAGCAGCUUCAGCGGAAUUUCAGUCCUGACAAGAGGUGAUAGUUCUGGAAGCAGCAAAAGCGUAGGCAGGCUUUCAAAAACAGGUUCUGAGUCUUCUGGUAGUGUAGGGUCAUCUACGGGCUCUCUUUCUCACAUCCAGCAGCCUCUUCCAGGUACAGCUCUCAGCCAGUCUUCUCAUGGCGCACCUGUCGUCUAUCCAACUGUCAGCACUCAUAGUUCUCUUUCCUUUGAUGGUGGCCUAAAUGGGCAAGUCGCAUCUCCUAGCACUAGCUUCUUUUUGCUUCCCUUGGAAGCGGCAGGCAUACCACCUGGCAGUAUUCUGAUCAACCCACAAACAGGUCAGCCCUUCAUAAACCCAGAUGGGAGUCCAGUUGUGUAUAACCCUCCAAUGGCUCAACAACCAGUGAGAACCCAAGUGCCUGGACCUCCCCCUCUGCCACCGCCGCCACCUCAACAACAAGCAGCUAACCACAUUUUCUCACAGCAGGACAACCUUGGGUCUCAGUUUAGCCACAUGAGUCUCGCCCGCCAGCCAUCUGCAGAUGGUUCUGACCCUCAUGCCACCAUGUUCCAGUCCACCGUUGUCCUUCAGUCCCCACAGCAGUCUGGUUAUAUCGUGACGGCAGCCCCUCCACCACCGCCACCACCUCCUCCCCCUCCGCCCCCCCUGCCACCUGGGCAGCCGGUCCCUACUGCUGCCUACUCUGCUUCCGGUCAUCCUGUCAGCCAGCCUGUGCUCCAGCAGCAAGGAUACAUUCAGCAGCCGUCACCACAGAUGCCAGCCUGUUACUGCGCUCCAGGUCACUGUCACUCCAGUCAGCCUCAGUACCGCCCCGUCCCUUCAGUUCAUUACAGUUCACAUCUAAACCAACCACUGCCACAGCCUGCCCAGCAGACAGGUUAUCAAGUUAUGCCCAACCAGCAACAAAACUACCAAGGAAUAGUUGGAGUUCAGCAGCCCCCGAGUCAGAACCUCAUUGGUGGCCAACCCAACGGCAUUGGAAGUCAGAUUCAAGGAGUCGUCAUCCCCUAUCCUUCAGUGCCAUCAUAUCAGGUUUCACUGCCUCAAGGUUCUCAAGGAAUUACCCAUCAGACUUAUCAACAGCCUGUUAUUUUCCCUAAUCAAUCUAAUCAAGGAUCUAUGCCCACCACAGGAAUGCCAGUUUACUAUAGUGUCAUUCCACCCGGCCAACAAAAUAGUCUAAGCUCAUCCGUAGGUUACUUGCAACAUCCAGGAUCAGAACAAGUACAAUUUCCUCGAACUACUUCACCAUGCAAUUCCCAGCAGCUUCAAAGCCACCAGUGUGCAGCUGUGCCACCUCCGCCACCUGGUGGAGGAAUGGUGAUGAUGCAGCUCAAUGUACCAAACAAUCCACAGUCUCGUGCCCACUCACCCCCUCAGUGGAAACAAAACAAGUAUUACUGUGAUCACCAGAGAGGACAGAAGUGUGUGGAAUUUAGCAAUGUAGACAAUAUUGUUCAGCACAGCCCUCAACUCUGCAGCCCCAUUACUUCACCAGCUCAGUCGCCAGCACCAGCUCAGCUAUCCACCCUGAAAGCUGUCCGUCCUUCUGGACCGCCACUUUCCAUCAUACCCCAUUUUUCUAGACCUUUUAUCCCUGGGCAAGGAGAUGCCAGAUACCCGUUACUUGGCCAGCCACUGCAGUACAACCCUCCUGCCGUCCUGCAUGGACACAUUCCAGCCCAGCAGGGUCAGUCUGGCAACCGGCAUGGAAGCCGAGGACGGAAACAAGCUAAAAAAGCUGCAUCCACUGACCUUGGUGCAGGAGAAGCAGUUGUUGGGAAGGUCUUGGAAAUUACUGAACUACCUGAUGGAAUAACUCGCAUGGAAGCAGAGAAGCUUUUUGGGGAACUCUUUAAAAUUGGCGCCAAGAUCCGGUGGCUGCGGGACCCCCAGUCCCAGCCCCAGCUGCGUCGUCACCCGCUGUGCUGUGGCAGUGGGGACAAUGCUGUCAGUUCGGAACGCUCCAAACCCAGUGACUUGGCCUCCACGUACACCGUCUUAGCCACAUUCCCCUCCAUUUCCGCUGCGCAGAAUGCAUUGAAGAAACAAAUUAACUCGGUUAACAAGUUUAAACUGAGAACAAGCAAGAAGCACUAUGACUUUCACAUCCUGGAAAGGGCGAGUUCUCAGUAACAGCCACCUUGGACCCUUGGCCUUUGUGACUCCCCUGCCCUCUCCCGUCUUUAAUUGGCUUGGUAUUGGAGCUUCUGUUAACAUGAUAGAGACUCCUAGGAUGUGCGGUUACGGCGUUACAGCUUUUGUUGAAGACAGGCCAGUGUUCCAGCAAAGGGAGGGAAUACACACCUCACCCCAAGUGACUGUAGGAAUCCACAUCGGAGUGAUACAGAGUUAGCAGCUUUUUCUGAGGAAAUGCUGUUCAAAUGCCUCCUAACUUUUAUAGUUAUUUUGUUUUAUAUUUCUGAAUUCUUGUAUCAGAUCCAAAGCUCUAUUGUACAGCAAAUUAUUCUUCAAAAUGAUACAACCAGUUGCAACCUGUAUUUCUUUUUUGCAUCCAGCACAGUGUGACCCAACAUAGAAUUUGGGGGGAAAAGAAUGCAGCAGUGGGAUAACCAAGUCAAAACCAUGUGCUAUCUUUUUGAGGGGCUGAAGGGGGUGACUAAGGAGAACCCACAAAUAGAUUACUCUUCCCCUGUAUCUCUAAACACAGAAAUGCUUUCCAGGAAAUACAGAAUUUCUUCAUAGGGUCCUUUCCUUAUUCAUUUAGGUGGUAUGAACAUUAAGUGUAAAGUAAAUUAUGUUCUCAAUGCCUCUUAAUCAAACCACUUAGACUCAAAGGGGAAUAGGAAUCAUUCUAGGCAGGAAAAUCCACUUUUUUUUUUUUUUUAAGUGUCCCUCCAAUAACUGCCACUUAUUUGCAUUCCCCUCCCCUCCUUGUGGAUUUUUUUUUUCACCUAAGAAAAUACAUUUGAUGAGUGCUGGAAACUUAAGUGGUUCAAAAUAUUUUCAUUGUUUGCAGCGGAUCACUGGACAUCAAAGAUUCAUUGCACUUUUGAACAAGGAACCUUUUUUUCAAUUUCUGUGUAAUUUGCAAGGCUGUACAAUGUGUGCUGAUGCAAGCCUUUUUCAGUUCAAGAGAAUAAAUGUUUACAAAUA